AUGGAAGCUCUGUUAGAGGACGAAUUCUUUCACUCAGGUUACCUUCCCCCUAGACUACCUACCAGUUGCCUGAGCAUGGCUCCCAGAUUUGAUACACUAGCACGCUCAGAGGCAUUAUCAAGACGACCUCUACUAGAAAUCAACAGAGCUGAUGGAAAUUCACGGCCACAGACUGCCCCAACAGACAUGAAAAAAGAUGACAAGUAUCCACAAGAAUCUGAACAAGACGCUGAUGAAGGACGAAGGAAAGGAAGUGAUGAACCGGCAGACUAUUAUUUAUCUGACCUAUUUGCCGUCCUUUCGACUGUGAUAGCAUCGAAACCAUCGGAAAAAAUCCAAAUACAAGAGGAGGAGGCAGAAGACCCUGCUUCUAUUCCUAUUUACUGGGUCAGUAAGUGGGUAGAUUACUCGGACAAGUAUGGCCUAGGCUAUCAGCUGUGUGACAACAGUGUAGGAGUACUAUUCAAUGACUCAACACGCCUCAUCCUUCUAGCCAACGGAGAGAAUGUGCAGUAUAUAGAGAGAGAUGGCACUGAGCAUUACCACACCCUCAAAGUGUUCCCAGAAACCCUUACCAAAAAAGUUACUCUGCUAAAAUACUUCAGAAACUACAUGAAUGAGCAUCUACUCAAGGCUGGAGCCAACAUGACACCCAGAGAGGGAGAUGACAUGACAAGAUUGCCUUUCCUCAGGCACUGGUUUAGGACGAGGAGUGCCAUUGUUUUGCACCUCAGUAAUGGAACUUUACAAAUCAAUUUCUUCCAAGACCAUACAAAGAUUAUUUUAUGUCCACUAAUGCAAGCAGUCACAUACAUCGAUGAAAAGAGAGAUUUUCAUGUCUUUAAACUGAGUGGUAUUGAAAAGUUUGGAUGUACCCGAGAACUUGCCAGCAGACUCAGAUAUGCCAGGACGAUGGUGGAACGCCUCAUGACCUCUAAAUCUGGGUCGGGUCGUAUUAAGUCAGCUAAUCCUUCAACAUCCUAGUGUGUUGGUAGUUGUGUGGUGUGAAAUUCAUGACUUUGUAGUGCUGGAAAGGAGAUAGGCACUCUACUGACAUGGUGAGCCCCCAAGUGCCAAGAUCAAGACAAAAAGUCUACUUGCCUAAAAAGUCCAUUUUGAGGGAGUGGUUUGAAUGUCAUAGGUGCAUGUAGGCCUAAACAACUUGAGAAUGUUUUUGUAGAAGAUAUUGAAAAUGUUAGUUGAAGAAUUAUGAAUGUGAUUACAGAUCAAAAAAAUUACUUUGUGUUUGUCUUUUACCGUCUCUAUGGAAGAUUUCACAAUUUUUUAUGUCCUAAUUUUUUUUUUGGUCAGGUUUCAUAGAUUUCAAUGACAUAAUUAUAGCUCACUUCAGUCUUUGGUUCAACAGGUGACGUCAUUUCAGUUUUGUUUUCCUUCUUUAGGAAAUUGCUAGGAUGUCAGAAUGUCAUAUUAAAAUAAUCAUGUAAGGAGAGAUGGAGUUUUAUGGAAUCAUGCAUUAGUGGUCGUUGGGUUAGUGCUCAGUUGUCUCUCUUUGAAUGUGAUAAAGUACAUGUACGCAAGAGCCUCAUUGUACAUCACACCCGUUUUUCGGUGCUUUGUUUUAUUUGUUUUGUUGACACUGGUUUUUUCAUGACUUGAAGAUUGUUGGAUUUUUUUUCUUUGUAAUUAAAAAAAAAAUAAGUAGUGUGAAAAUAAAAAUUUGAUUUUAUAAUAUUUUCACUAUUGAUAUUCUAUGCAAGCACUUGAAAAAUUCUUUUAAAAAGAAAGUAAGGAAAGUUAUGAGGUAUUAUGAAAAGAAAAAUGUGUUCACAUUGUAAAUAUUAGCUGUUCUAUAUGUAUUAAAACUGAUCGUAUGCUAUACAAUGGAUACUCAAGUAUUCCAUAAUAUAUAAGGUAGAAACUAAAUAGUUGUUAUCCAGACAUAAAAAUCACUUAAUUAUCAAAGUAUUUAUUUUUGUGUUUUAUUUUGAUAAAAGCAUAUUUAUGUUGACAGAGUGCUGGGAGCAAUCAUCCCUAAAUUGGGGGAUGGAAUGGGUUACCCAAAAUAUACAAUACACAGAAUUAUGGGAUGGAGGGUAGUGUUAUUUUUCGAAAUUUCUGUUUUGCAGAUGAUUUCUAUGUGGCUGAUUUUUAGUGAAUUUGCCAACAAGAUAAAAUAUGGCAUAUUUUAAAACAGUAAAUAUUUUUUUAAGAUACUUGAGAAUUGUGACAUUAAGAUUUGUAUAGUAAAAUCAUGUGAACAUGAAUAUGUUGAAUGUGCCAUUUUAUGUUUCAGCAGAUUUAAGAACACCACCUGAGUGCAUUGAAUUGUAUCGAUUAAUUUAAUGACACUGGGAUUUUUCUUUUUCUGGCACAUCUAAGAUAGAUGUCUCUAGAGACUGUUUUUUGUACUUAGAAACUUUGUUAUACUGUCUCUGUCUCCCCUUUCUGUCUAUCUGUAAAAUCACACUUAUCAAUAAAGAAAUAAAACACUGCAUCUGUAA